AUGUUCGGCAAAGACAAGGAAAAGUCGGGCGGCGACUCGUCGCACUCACCUGAGCCCGACAAUGUCGAGGAAGGCAUGCUCGCGACCAACGUCGAUGACCUACAAAGACACUUGAACAAUCGUCAGAUUCAGUUGAUUGCUAUUGGAGGCUCUAUCGGAACGGCCCUUUUCGUCAGUAUUGGCGGCGGUCUGUACAAGGGAGGUGCUGCCAACUUGCUACUCGCAUACACGAUUCAGAGCUGUGUCCUGGCCCUGGUCAACAAUUCGAUCGCCGAGAUGAGCACGGCAUAUCCUGUUACAGGUGGAUUCAUUCGUCUUGCUGGUCACUUUUGCGAUGAUGCGCUUGGAUUCAUGGUGGGAUGGAACUUCUUCUUCUACGAGGCCCUUCUCAUUCCCUUUGAGAUUUCCGCCUUUACUCUCGUCUUGUCAUUCUGGAGUGACACCAUUACCGAACCUGGCCCAACUGCUGGCAUCAUUGUCGGUAUAAUCAUCUGCUACGCUCUCAUCAACAUCCUUGCUGUCCGAGCAUACGGUAACCCGCAGCACGAUGCGUAUGGCUUCAGAAACUGGAAGCGUGGAGGCGCUUUCCGAGAGUACAUCACCACAGGGGACCUGGGAAAGUUCGAAGGGUUCCUUGGCGCAUUGACUUCGGCCGUCUUCACUGUUGUCGGACCUGAAUACAUCUCCAUUGUCGCGGCUGAGGCCGCCCGGCCCCGGGUGUACAUCAAGGCGGCCUUCAAGAUGGUGUAUGUCCGUUUCGGCAUCUUCUUCAUUGGCGGUGCCCUGGCUGUGGGCAUUGUCUGCUCCUCGCGGGAUCCUGCUCUCGUCGAGAUUCAGACCGAAGGCAGCAACGGCUCUGCAGGUGCCUCGCCAUAUGUCAUUGCCAUGAAUAACCUUGGCGUAGAUGUGUUCCCUCACAUCGUCAAUGCGCUCAUGUUGACCUCGAUCUUCUCCGCCGGCAAUACCUAUACCUACGCUGCAGUUCGCACACUUUACGGCCUUGCCCUUGAAGGCAGAGCGCCGGCAUUCCUGAAGAAGUGCACCAGGAACGGUGUCCCGCUAUACUGCUUCUUCGUUGUCAUGGUUUUCCCAGUCUUAUCGUUUGUGCAGUGCGGAAAAAGCGCCUCGGUCGCUAUUGGAUGGUUUGCCAGUCUCGUCACUGGUGGCGGUCUGAUCAGCUACAUCGUCAUGUCCAUCACCUACAUCCAAUUCCACCGUGCCUGCAAAGCACAAGGUCUGGACCGCAAGACCUUGCCCUAUACCGGCUGGUUCCAGCCGUACGGCGCCUACAUCGCCCUAGCCUGGAUGUUCACGGUCUGCUGCAUCUACGGCUACACCUCUUACCUGCCCUGGAACACGUCCAACUUCUUCUCCAACUACACCAUGCAGCUCUUCAUCCCGUGGCUGUUUUUGAUCUGGAAGGUUGUCAAGAAGACCAAGUGGCUUUCGCCCAUGGAGGUCGAUCUCGUUUGGGAAAGGCCGACCAUUGAUGCGUAUGAGGAGACGUUCACUGAGCCGCCCGUUGGGUUCUGGAGGGAGAUGGGGCAAUUGUUGGGGAUUGGAAGGAUCAAGGGUGGGAAUGAUCAGCGAAGGCCGAGUGUGGUGGCGCCUAUGGAGGGGCUGGCGGGCCAUGGUGUUGAUGCGAAGCAUCUGUGA